AACGUACUGCCGAUGUUUACAAGCAAGCGCACAAGUCGAAGUUGAUGCAUGUGUAUGAGAACAUAAGCUGGAUUGAUUAUAUAUAAAAAUUAACACAAGUCUUAACUGAAACUUGAACGUACACACUGUUCAUUUGUUCUAAGUUUAAAGUCAUGUUUGCGCCAUAAGUGGUCAACCACCAACUAAAAUCACCACGCUAUGGCGAUCGCGAUCACUGUAGAAUAAAGUAGACCAUCAAGAUAUUUUAAACAGGAUUCGUGAAACCAUGAACGAACUUCAGAAGCUCGAGCACCUGUCCUUGGUGUCUAAAGUCUGUACGGAGCUGGACAAUCACUUGGGGCUUAAUGACAAAGAUCUAGCUGAAUUUAUCAUAUCCUUAUCGGAGAAGAAUGACACCUUUGAUGCUUUCAAGAAAGUCCUUUCAGAAAAUGGAGCAGAAUUUUCUGACUCUCUGAUUGCCAACCUGCUGAGGUUGAUACACAAGAUGAAACCAAAACCACGAGAAAAAGAGGCAACAGAUGACAGCUACAAGGAAAACCAGAGAGACGAGGACACAACCCUGAAGAGGAAGCUGUAUCCAGGAUUAGCUUUAGCAAAUGACCAACAAAGCAGGAAAUUGUUGGAAGAUAUUAAAGAGGAAGAAAUGGAGGAGACUGAUGAUAUAAAGAAAGAAGACACAGAAGUAGCAGAUGACAUGAUGGGUGAAUUGAUGGCCCUUAUGGCUAACCCUCCGCCUGAUAAUCAAAGUGAUGACAAACCUAAGGAACAUAAAAGCAGACAUAGUCGCAGUAGAAGUCGAGAGCGAGACAGAAAACGUAGCCGCAGUAGAGAACGUGACAGGAAAAGACACAAACACAAUCGUCGGUCAAGAAGUCGAUCACCUAGAGACAGAAAACGAAGUCGUAGCCGUGACAAGCGACGGGACAGAUCAAGGUCAAAUGACCGAGAUAGGAAGCACAGAAGACGGUCAAGGAGUCGAAGUAGGGAGAGACAGAGUAAAUACUAUCGAGACGAAGAAGACAGAAAGGACCGAUACAGGGGAGGGAAAAGUAAGAGAGAGCAGGGGUCAGAUGAUGAAGAGAUUCCGAUGGAGCCUGUUGUUGGCAGGAUAUUCAAGGGAAGGGUGACGACUAUUAUGCAGUUUGGUUGCUUUGUACAGCUUGAAGGUCUUAGGAAGAAAUGUGAAGGACUUGUUCAUAUAUCACAGCUGAGGAGAGAGGGACGAGUGACAAAGGUCAGCGAUGUGGUCCAACGAGGUCAAAAGGUCAAGGUCAAAGUGCUGUCAUUUACUGGAAGUAAGACAAGUCUUUCAAUGAAGGAUGUAGACCAGGAUACAGGGGAGGACUUGAACCAGGAGAGAACAAGGUCACUGCUUGGUGGAGAGUUAAAGGAUGAAAGUGAGGCUUCUCGUAAUCCUGACCGCCCGUCCACUCUACCAAUGAUGGAUCUGCCCGAGACAGACAAAACACAGGACAAGAAGCGUGUCCAGCGAAUUUCUUCACCAGAAAAGUGGGAAAUCAAACAGAUGAUAGCUGCUAAUGUUAUUGACAAAUCAGAGCUACCCGACUUUGAUGAGGAUACUGGUCUACUUCCAAAAGAGGAGGAUUCAGAUGAGGAUGUGGAGAUUGAACUGUUAGAGGAGGAACCUCCUUUCCUCAGUGGACACGGGCGAGCAGGAAUCGACCUGAGUCCUGUCAAAAUUGUCAAGAAUCCUGAUGGUUCACUGUCCCAGUCCGCCAUGAUGCAGAAUGCCCUUCAGAAAGAGCGGAGGGAGUUGAAACAGGUUCAACGAGAGGCAGAAAUGGGCAGUGUCCCGGCAGGUCUCAACAAUCACUGGAUAGACCCCAUGCCUGAAGCUGAAGGACGACAACUUGCUGCAAACAUGAGGGGCAUUGGAAUGACUCCAAACGACAUUCCAGACUGGAAGAAGCAUAUCACAGGGGGACAGAAGGCGUCUUACGGUAAAAAGGAGAAUAAGUCUUUACUAGAACAGAGGCAGGGUCUACCCAUCUACAAACUCAAGGAGGAACUUGUCAAGGCUGUCAGUGACAACCAAGUGUUGAUUGUGAUUGGGGAGACAGGGUCAGGGAAGACAACUCAGAUCACACAGUACCUGGCCGAAGCUGGGUACACAACACGUGGGAAAAUAGGAUGUACCCAGCCCCGUCGUGUAGCCGCUAUGUCUGUUGCCAAGAGAGUAUCAGAGGAGUUCGGGUGUCGCCUGGGUCAAGAGGUUGGUUACACGAUGCGUUUUGAGGACUGUACGAGCCCAGAGACAAAGAUUAAGUACAUGACAGAUGGUAUGUUGUUGAGAGAAUGUCUGAUAGAUCCGGACCUCCUGCAGUACGCCAUCAUCAUGUUGGACGAGGCUCAUGAACGUUCCAUACACACAGAUGUCCUGUUUGGACUCCUCAAGGAGGCGGUCAAAAAACGUAAAGAACUGAAGCUGAUCGUUACUUCUGCCACGCUAGAUGCUGUCAAAUUUUCACAGUACUUCUUCGAAGCACCCAUCUUUACCAUCCCUGGUCGGACAUACCCAGUGGAGGUGCUAUACACAAAAGAGGCUGAGACAGACUACUUGGACGCUUCCAUGAUCACAGUAAUGCAGAUACACCUUAUGGAGCCGCCAGGUGAUGUCUUACUCUUCCUCACUGGUCAAGAAGAAAUUGACACGGCCUGUGAGAUCCUGUACGAGCGAAUGAAGGCCCUCGGUCCUGAAGUCCCAGACCUUAUCAUUCUCCCUGUGUACAGUGCUCUUCCCAGUGAAAUGCAGACCAGGAUCUUUGAGCCGGCUCCUCCUGGGUCUAGGAAGGUGGUUAUUGCAACUAACAUUGCAGAAACAUCGCUCACAAUAAACGGAAUUUAUUACGUUGUAGAUCCUGGAUUUGUGAAACAGAACGUUUAUAAUUCUAAAACUGGAAUGGAUCAGCUGAUUGUUACUCCAAUCUCACAGGCUCAGGCUAAACAGAGAGCAGGCCGGGCAGGACGAACUGGUCCUGGUAAAUGUUACAGACUAUACACAGAGCGAGCAUAUCGUGAUGAGAUGCUGGCCACAAACGUCCCGGAGAUCCAGAGGACUAACUUAGCCAGUACUGUGCUGUCCCUGAAGGCGAUGGGCAUCAACGAUCUACUGGCAUUCGCCUUCAUGGACGCUCCGCCAAUGCAGACAUUAAUCUCAGCAAUGGAACAACUGCAUGCUCUCACUGCCCUGGAUGAUGAAGGUCUGCUGACCAGACUUGGACGUAGGAUGGCCGAGUUUCCACUGGAGCCGAUGUUAUCAAAGAUGUUGAUCAUGUCUGUCCAUCUGGCAUGCAGUGACGAAAUUCUCACAGUUGUGUCCAUGUUGUCUGUACAGAACGUUUUCUACAGACCCAAGGACAAGCAAGCAAUGGCUGAUCAGAAGAAGGCCAAGUUUCAUCAGUCAGAGGGUGACCAUCUGACACUGUUGUCUGUCUAUAACUCAUGGAAAAACAACCGCUUCUCGAGUCCCUGGUGCUAUGACAACUUUGUCCAAAUACGCACACUAAAACGGGCACAGGAUGUCCGCAAACAGAUGCUUGGCAUUAUGGACAGACACAAGCUAGAUGUGGUAAGCUGUGGAAAGAAUACUGCUCGGGUACAGAAGGCCAUUUGCAGUGGAUUCUUUAGAAAUGCUGCCAAGAAGGACCCCCAGGAGGGUUAUAGGACACUGGUAGACAGCCAGGUAGUCUACAUACAUCCGUCUAGUGCCCUGUUCAAUAGGCAGCCAGACUGGGUGAUAUACCAUGAACUGGUGCUAACGACAAAGGAGUACAUGCGUGAGGUGACAGCCAUCGAUCCAAAAUGGCUGGUGGAAUUUUCGCCCAAAUUCUUCCGAUUUGCCGACCCAACAAGACUAAGCAAGCACAAGAAGCAGCAGAAAAUUGAACCCCUGUACAACAAAUAUGAGGAGGCAAACUCAUGGAGGAUUUCACGGGCUUUCAAGAAGGUUCACACCAAAGUCACGUUCUGAGGCUCUUAGUACAGACAUACAUAGGAAACAAUUCCUGUAGGAUCUCACCUACUCUAUGGAAAGCUCAUCAUUAGAGACUCGUUCUGAGGCUCUUUGGAGGGACCUAUAUAGGAAACAACUCACGGAGGAUCUCAUGUGUUUAUUGAAUGGUCCUCACUUCAUUCUGAGAUCCUUAGGACAGACCUACUGUACAUAGGACACAAUUCCUGUAGGAUCUCACCUACUCUAUGCUAAGGUCAUCACAUUAAAGACACAUUCUGAGGCUCUUUGGAAUUGGUUGAUACCAUACUUUCUUUUGCCAAUGGUUGAGGUUGAAUAGCUUGUACACGAUACAAAACUGUUUUCUUUCUUGUUUAAGAAAUUACCAACAAUGCCGUGUUCUGAAGUGUCUUGGGAAACAUUUCUGGCAAUACCAUAUACAUGACAUAUUGCCCCGAAUUGUUACACUACAGGACCUGUGUUCGUCCGAGGACGUGUACAUUGUUUUGUUACACUACAGGACCUGUGUUCGUCUGAGGACGAGUACAUUGUAUUGUUACACUACAGGACCUGCGUUCGUCUGAGGACGUGUACAUUGUAUUG